AUGAUAUCAACAGAUGUUUCAACAUCAAAAAGAUUAACUCAAGUUAUAUGUGCAAUUAUAUGGUGUUUAUUUUCAGCUGGAGUUAUAUUUGGAUUUAGUGCAUUAAAAGUAGUUUUAAUAAAAGAAAAAGUAUAUGAACAUUUAUGUGAUUUUCAUACAACAACAACUUCAACAAUAAUCACUACACUCGAAAAUGAUGAUGAUGAAAUUAUUGCAAAAUGUACAUUACAAGAUUUAAAAUUAAAUAAAAUAUUUACUAUAGCAGCAGUAAUAACAAAUGUAAGUGCCCUUUUAAUUGGUUAUAUAUUAGAUAAUUAUGGACCAAAAAUUUGUGGAUUUAUUGGUGCUUUAUUUUUAUAUUUUGGAUCAUUUAUUUUUAUUUAUUCAACAUCAUUAAAUAAUUUAGUAUGGUUUGAUCCUUAUAUUAUUGGAUAUAGUUGUUUAGCUUUGGGUGGACCAUUUUUAUUUAUAUCAAGUUUUUCAUUAUCAAAUGCAUUUCCUAAAUAUAGUGGUACUAUUUUAGCUUUAUUAACUGGUGCAUUUGAUUCUUCUAGUGCUUUAUUUUUAAUUUAUCAAAAAUUUUAUUUUAAAUUUAAUGAAUCUUUUAAUUUAUCAAAUUUUUUUAAAAUUUAUUUAAUUGUUCCAGUGUUUAUUACAAUUAUUCAAAUUAUUUUAAUGCCUUGGGAAUCUUAUCAAACUUCUUCAAAUGAUUUAUUGGAAAUUGAUGAAAAUGAUUUAAGAAAUCCAGUUGAAGCAACACCUUUAGUUAUUGAAAAUAAUGAAAAUCAUAAUGAAUCAACUCCAUUGAUAAGUAAUCAUAACCCAACUCCAGAUAAUUUAGAUUUAAGAAGAAGAGAUUCAGUUGGUGAUGCAUUAAAACAACCAUAUAUAAAUGAAAGAGAAGAAGACGAUAGUAAAUAUGAAUUACAUACUUCAGGAAUAUUUGGUAUAUUACAUGGUUAUUCAUCACAAUAUCAAAUAAAAACAUAUUGGUUCCUAUUAAUUUGUUUAUUUUCAACUAUUCAAAUGUUAAGAAUUAAUUAUUUUGUUGCAACAAUUGGAUCACAAUAUCAAUAUAUUUUUAAUUCUUAUAAAUUAACAAAAUCUUUAAAUUCUAUAUUUGAUAUUGCUUUACCAUUAGGUGGUGUUUUAAGUAUACCAUUUAUUGGAUUAUUAUUAGAUAAUUUUUCAAGUAUAUUUGUAUUAAAUAUAUUAGUUGGAAUUUCUUUGCUAAUUGGAAUAUUAGGAUUAAUUUCAAAUUAUUAUUUAGCUAUAUUAGGAGUUUGUUUAUUUGUUGGUUAUAGACCAUUUUUUUAUACUGUUAUAUCAGAUUUAUGUGCAAAAAUAUUUGGUUUUGAAACUUUUGGUACUGUUUAUGGAUUAAUUAUGUGUAUUAGUGGGAUAAUAAAUUAUGGACAAAUUUAUUUAGAUUUUUUAACUCAUACUUAUUUUAAAAUGAAUCCAUUACCAAUAAAUUUGUUUCUUAUUGGUGUUUUUAUAAUAAUAAGUUUAAUAACUUUGGUAUAUGUUCAUGUACAAGGUAAAGAAUAUUUAAAGAAAAAAUUAAAUAGACAAAGGAUUGAUAUAGAUAGUUAA